AUGGACCUCCUCCUCUCCUCCUCCUUCCACGCCCGUGCCGAGGCCCUCCUUACAAAGUACCGCGUCCCCGGCCUCGCCAUCGCCGUCACGCACCGCUCUCGCACCGAGACGUGCGCCUUUGGCCUAGCGCAACUAGACCCUCCCAUACCCUGUACACCCGAUACCUUGUUCGAUGUGGCCUCGGCGUCCAAGAGCAUGACGGCCGCGGCGGUCGCGCUGCUCGUCGAGGACGCCGAUGGCCGCCGCCACCCGGGCGUGCGGUGGGACGCCGUUGUGUCGGAGCUUCUGCCGGGGGACUUUAUUCUGCCGACCGAAGAGCUGACGAGGGCGGUGACACUGGACGACAUUGUGUCGCAUCGGACGGGUAUGCCCACCCAUGACUGGUCGUAUCUCGGCACCGUCUCCCAAACCCCCGACACCUCCCUGUCCGUCACUCGCAACCUGCGCCACCUGCCCGUGAGCGCGCCCCUCCGCACCAAGUACAUGUACAACAACAUGAUGUACACCGUCUGCACCCACCUUGUGCAGCACUCCACCAAGCUUCCAUUUUCCACCUUUCUCGAGCAGCACUUCUUCGGUCCCCUCGGCAUGCGCUCCUCCAGCCUACAGCCCUCCCGCGCGCGCGCCAAAGGCCUGUCUGCGCGACUCGCCUCGGGCUACACCUGGGUGCGCGGCGGCGACGAGCCGUCGCACCACGCGCCUGUCCCCAUGGUCGAGUGCCCCGAGGCCGACGGUGCGGGGUCCAUCAUCACGUCUGUGAGCGACUACAUUCUCUGGGUGCGCGCCCUGCUGCACCGGCAGGCGCCCGUCACCGAAGAGGUGUAUGCGGGGCUGCUGCGCGGCCGCACUAUUGUCGAUCCUGACGGCGCGGAGCUCGAACCGCACUCAUCGCCGGCCCUGUACGGCGCGGGGCUCGAGGUUGACUACUACCGCGGGCACCAGCGCGUGCAGCACGGCGGCGGCGUCACGGGCUUCGCGUCCAAGCACCUGUUCCUGCCGGCGCACGAGUUUGGCAUCGUCGUCGCAGCGAACAGCGGCGAGGGUGGGCAUGCGGCUGCGGCCGUCCUCGUGCACGAGCUGGUCGACGAGGUGCUGGGCGUGCCCGCGGCGGAGCGCACGGAUUGGGAGGCGCUGGUGGAUACGUGGGAAGCGAAAAGCGAAGAGGACGAUGAUCCGGAGCGAUGCGAGGCGAGGCUGACGAGAGACGUUCUCGAAUCUGUUGCGAGGGAUCAGAAGGGUAAAAAGGAAGAAAGAGACGACAAAGAAGAGGACGACAAAGUAAAGGCCCAGGAAAAUGAAGCGGCAGUGCCGCAGCCUCUGACGACACCUCUGAAGACGUACGCCGGCACGUACGAGCAUCCGGGCUACCACCAGCUCAUUCUCGAAAUCAAGGAUGGUAGGCUUUUCGUCGACGCCUCGGAGCGCUCCUUUGGCUUCACGGGCAUCUUCAAUCACGUCGCCGACCAGAGGCUGUUUACGCUGCGCAUGGCCGAGAGCCAGGCGUGGGGCGGCCAGGACCUGACAGCCGUCAAAGCUGAGUUUACACUGGAUGAUGGCAAGAUCACGCAGUUGGGCAUUGCGUUAGAUCCAGACAUGGACGACGAAAUGAUUUGGUUCAUGCGCAAAUAA